AUGAUUCUCCCUACCAUUGCCUCAGCGUCACGUCGAGGGCGAACGUCUACGCCGGAGCUCCUGCUUCUCCCCUCCUGUAUUCUUCCUCCCGAUCAAUUUAUAGGUAUGGCUUCAUCUAUAGUGAAUAUGCCAUUGAAUGUUGGAACAAUUAGGGGUUUAGAUUGCCGGACUUAUGGAAAUCUCAAAAAUUCCCUUCCGAUUCAGUCAUCACCUUCUACUUUGCCACAUAGGCGUAUGCUUGUAUUAAAGGCUUCAAUUAAUGAUGGACCCAUGAAAAAGAUGGGUAGGAGUGAUGCUGAAUGUGAAGCUGCUGUUGUUGCCGGAAACAUCCCUGAAGCACCUCCGGUGCCACCCAUUCCUUCAUCGCCAGCUGGCACUCCGGUGGUUCCUUCACUUGAUAUUAAUAGAAGACCACGUCGUAAUCGAAGGUCACCAGUCUUGAGAUCUGCAUUCCAAGAAACAAGCUUAUCCCCUGCAAAUUUUGUAUACCCUCUUUUUAUUCAUGAAGGUGAAGAGGACACACCAAUUGGCGCCAUGCCUGGUUGCUAUAGGCUUGGAUGGAGACAUGGGCUUCUAGAAGAGGUGGCAAAGGCCCGUGAUGUUGGGGUCAACAGUAUUGUGCUUUUCCCAAAAGUUCCAGAUGCAUUAAAGACUCCUACAGGAGAUGAAUCAUAUAAUGAUUCCGGAUUAGUACCUAGAACAAUUAGGUUGCUUAAAGACAAGUACCCUGAUCUUAUCAUCUACACUGAUGUUGCUCUAGACCCGUAUUCUUCAGAUGGGCAUGAUGGUAUUGUCAGAGAAGAUGGAGUUAUAAUGAAUGAUGAGACUGUGCAUCAGUUGUGUAAACAGGCUGUUUCACAGGCCCGUGCUGGAGCAGAUGUGGUAAGCCCGAGUGACAUGAUGGAUGGGCGUGUAGGGGCAAUUCGGUCAGCUCUUGAUGCUGAAGGCUUCCAGAAUGUUUCUAUCAUGUCAUACACUGCAAAGUAUGCAAGCUCAUUUUAUGGCCCAUUUCGAGAAGCUUUAGACUCAAAUCCACGUUUUGGAGACAAGAAAACUUACCAAAUGAACCCUGCAAACUAUCGAGAAGCGCUGAUCGAAUUGCGUGCAGAUGAGUCUGAAGGGGCCGAUAUCCUUCUGGUAAAACCAGGCUUACCAUACUUAGAUGUGAUAAGGUUGCUCAGAGAUAACUCUCCACUUCCAAUUGCUGCAUAUCAGGUUUCUGGAGAAUACUCGAUGAUAAAAGCAGGGGGUGUUUUAAAAAUGAUUGAUGAGGAAAAAGUAAUGCUGGAAUCGCUCAUGUGUCUGAGGCGUGCUGGGGCUGACAUCAUCCUCACGUAUUUUGCAUUACAAGCCGCACGAUCCUUGUGUGGUGAAAAGUGAAAAGUGAGACAGUGUAUCCACCGAGUUUCUUGACAGACGGCUAUUCGUUAUUCUAUUCUGUUUUUCUUAUUAUUACUAUUAUACAUCAAAGUAGAGGAGAAGAAAAUUUGUGUUUUAUUCUAUGUUUAAUGUCGUUAUGUUUAGUAUGCUUGUUUAGCUCAAACUGUCUUCAUACAAUCAUGCGAUGCAAUUUCCACCCCCACUAGAUUGGUAUUAGUUUGUGCUUCUUUCCUAAUCAUCA